GCAAGUGAAAUAGAAACAGAGCUUUCUUAUGAGACCCACACAAACAUCUCAGUUACGAGACCUGCUGAGAUGACUGUUAGAAGAAGAACAGCCAAUUAUCAGCCGACAGCUUGGAGUCACAGUUUUGUGCAGUCCAUUAAGACCGACACUGCGGAUGCAUUCCAAGCCAAGAGGAUAGAUGCGCUUGAAGAAGAGAUCAGAGCUGCCAUGAACGAUGAUAAAGCGGAGCCUUUUGCGAUCUUGUUGCUGAUUGAUGAUGUACAACGCAUGGGUUUGGGGUACCGAUUCGAGGAAGACAUCGAGAGAGCUCUCUAUAGAUAUGUUUGUCGAGGAGAGUGCAUCGGAAGUAAAGACCGGACAUUAUUCACCACCAGUCUCGCCUUCAGGCUUCUCAGACAACAUGGCUUCGAGGUCUCCCAAGAUGUUUUCAAGAGUUUCACGGAUGAGAGUGGGAAAUUCUUGAACAACCUUGAAGACGACAUCAAGGGAAUACUGGGCCUGUACGAGGCAUCGUAUAUGGCCUUUGAAGGGGAACUAAUCUUGGAAGAGGCCAAGACAUUCAGUACCAAACAUCUUCGACACUUCAUCAAUCUUGGCAAUAUCAAAACAGGUCUCGAUGACCAAGUGAAGCACUCACUCGAACUACCUCUGCACUGGAGGAUGCAGUGGCAGGAGGGGCGAUGGUACAUUGACACUUACUCUAAGAGGAAGAACAUAAUUCAUGGGCUCCUCGAGCUUGCUGUUUUAAACUUCAACACGGUGCAACAGAUACUCCAGGAAGAUCUCCAAUAUACGUCGAGGUUUAAUCGGUGGUGGAACGAAAUCAGUCUAGCGAACAAGUUGCCAUUUGCACGGGACAGAUUAAUGGAAUGCUUCGUCUGGACAGUUGGAAUGGCUUAUGAGCCCCGUUUCAGUAACUGUCGGAAAGGCCUAACAAAAGUCACCUCUCUGAUCACGAUCAUUGACGAUGUGUAUGAUGUCUAUGGAACUCUUGAUGAACUCGAGCUCUUCACUGAUGCUGUUGAGAGGUGGGAUGUGAAAGUUGUGGAUAACCUUCCACAAUAUAUGAAGGUAUGCUACCUGGCUCUGUACAACACAGUACGUGAGAUGGCUUAUUACGCUCUCAAGGAGCAUGGACAAAACAUCAUCCCUUACCUAACGAAACCGGCGGAGCUGGAAAUGGGAGAGACCGCAAGCUCAAUCACUUGCUACAUGCUGGAAAAAGGGGCUUCCGAGGAAGUUGCUCGCGAGCACAUUAACAAGUUUAUAGUCUUGGCCUGGAAUAAGAUGAACAAGCAACAUCAGGUCUGCAACUCGAUGUUCGGGAAAUCAUUCAUCCAAAUGGCUUUCAACCUUGCCAGGAUUUCCCACUGCACAUGCCAUGAUGGAGAUUCCCAUGGAGCACCGGAUAUUAGAUCGAAGAAACGGGUCCAUUCGCUACUAAUUGAGCCCAUCACUAUUACUGGUAAAAGGAAUAGUAACAAGGGAUCCCACGAGCGGAAAGUCCAGGUCUUUUCAGAAGAUCAUCGGGUCAAGUGUUUUUCAGAAGCAGGGAUAUCACAUCUAUGAUUCUCAUGCAUUAUGCAUAAAUUACAGCUCAUUUAUGUGAAUAAAAUACAGAAAAAAUUGUCGGGAACAAACAGUUAUUACCCUUUGGUUACCAAACAUUAUGGUGCAUUUGAAUUCACAGUUAAAGUAACUUUGAUUUUGAUUUUGAUUUUCAUUGUGGAAAAGGACAAAUGAAAUGGGAGUAUAAAUUUGACUUGAAAAAUGUGUAUUUUUGUUGUGUAAUGUGUUGAGUUAAAGUUAAAGUUUUUUAACUUACAAUCCAAACAACGUCUAUAGAUUCUUUCCGAAAGUUUUGGCCCCGGCGAUUAUCUAUCUACUGCUCCUCAUUGCCAUGACUAGUUUCCCGUGAACUAUCGUCCCCAAAGGCUGACAACUGACCAAAUCAACCACGCCAAUCUCGAUUGUCAACCUCAAAAUAAUCGAACCCUGAGAAAUAGGCUGCUGCCAAAGUAAAAGAAUGUUAGCUACAGUGUAGCUCAGAAAAUAUAAAAAAUAGAGAUCAACGGGAAAAUUUUAAAUUGAACAGCUCACAGCAGUUGCAGGACUCUACCGAAUUGAACCUC